AUGAAGAUCACAAAUUGGCCAGUUCAUCAUAGCGGCCAUGUCGCAGUGUUCCUACACUGUUUGGAAGCGACACGGAAUGCUGGCCCUGUGGAGAUUGUGCCUCACGACUUGGCCGCUUUCAACAACUACCUCGAGUGGUUCCAUGAAAAGACGUGUAUCGAGUUAGUGAAGCACGCGUAUGCUGAGGACAUCUUGGACGACCCCAUCGAGUUCGAUGAGGUUGCGCAAAGCCAGCACGACACCUUUGCUCGCAGAGGGAGAUCGACUUCUAUUGCUUCCGAGCUGAACUUCGUGCGGACGGAGAUCCAAAAAACAGCUCACGAGUGCGAGAUUAUGUGGGAGCAGAGCGGGAGAGAUGAAAAGCCUGUCGGACCGUUGCGGCAUUUCAUUAAGAACACUGCACGAAAGAUGCGACGGUUAGCCAACUUGUUAGGUUGCCGCGAAUGCGAAAUUCCUACAUCCUCCUAUUCUGAAGAGCGGGAGAUUCCUGACGAUGAGGAAAUUUCUGAGUCAAAGCAUACCUCCAAAGCAUACCUCCAAGCAAGCCCCACGCUUUGA